GGAUAAGUAUGUUUUUUAUGGGAUAAUUGCUGCUUCUGAUUGUUUAUUUUUCUUGAAAAUUGAUAUCAAGAAAUUUUUAAAUAUUAUCUAUUACAUUUAAUUUAUAAAAUUUACUUCAGUAACAUAAGGAUUGCGUAAUAAGCAGUAAUAAUGCCCCACUCAGAUAAAGAGCAAGAAGAACUGGAAGGUGAAGAACAAGAAUCUCCAAAUGUGGAUGCUUCAAAUCAUAACCAUGGUGGUGAUGGCGAGCGAACCAUAAAUGACAUAAUAAUAAUUGAUCCAGAAGCCCUGGAGUUGGAUUUAAACCAUGGUAGAAUAGGCAAAUUGCAAAACUUAGAACCACUGGUGCAAGUGGAACGGCUUUAUUUAAGGUGGAAUCUAAUCACAAAAAUUGAGAAUUUAAGCACUUUGACCACCCUGAAGGAACUUGAGUUGUAUGAUAAUCAGAUUACCAAGAUUGAGGGUUUGGAGAGCUUGGUGAAUUUAGAGAUUUUGGAUCUUUCUUUCAAUAGAAUCAAAGAAAUUGAGGGCUUAGAAUCCCUAACAAACUUAGAGAAACUAUUUCUCUCUUCAAAUAAAAUUAGUAAAAUCCAGAAUUUGGGUAAUUUGAAAAAGUUGACCUUAUUGGAGUUGGGAGACAACAAAAUCAGAGAAAUUGAAAAUUUAGAUGAUUUGGUGACACUCCAGUCAUUGUUUUUGGGAAAAAACAAAAUCACUGAAAUAAAAAACUUGCACUCGUUGGUAAAUUUAACCUGCUUGAGUCUCCAAAGCAAUCGUUUGACAAAAAUUGAAAAUUUGGACAAACUCGUAGAGUUGUCUGAAUUGUAUCUUUCAGAAAAUGCUAUAACAAAAAUUGAAAAUUUGUCUGAGCUUAAAAAGCUUGAAACCUUGGAUUUGGCUCAGAAUCAAAUUGGUGCCAUAGAAAACACCGAGGCUUUAGAGAAUUUACAGGAAUUUUGGUUGAACGACAACAAAGUAAGUGAUUGGAAUUCCGUCAAUAACCUCUCAGUCCACAAACAGCUAGUAACAGUUUACUUAGAGAGAAACCCCGUCGCUGAAGAUCCAAUGUAUAGAAGGAAACUUAAAAUGAUUGCCCCCUCUUUAAAACAAAUUGAUGCCACUCUAUGUCGUCAAGAAUAGUAAUUAAGCCUUAAAUGUAUUUUAUUAUUCAAUAAGUGUUGAUUCUUUUAGCAUGAAUAUCUUUUAAGAUCAUUUUUUUAAUGCAUUUUAUUAUAUUAUUAAUGUUGUUAUAACAUUCGUCGGUCAAUAUACUUAGUCUAAAUAG